AUGUUUGAUGCUUACCUGGAUGCGCUAAACAGUGUUGGGCAAAAACGCCAGCGCAUCCCUGCUACGUCUGGGGCCAAAGCCAACCCUAUACCUACGAACUUGCCGCCAGAGGGCUCACCGCCGCAGGCGACGGAGGCAGAUCAUGAGGCGGACGAUGGCGACUCAAAAAGCUCUACUUCUUCGGAGGCCAGCGACGUCUCCGACUUCUUCGACACGCUCACGGAGCUACACCUGUUUUUCCGUGACGCGGACUUAUCACGCCGUGAAGUCAAUCUACUGCUUAACAUAUUCCGUAACCCUCAGUUCAGUUUGAAGGAAUUACGCAAGUGGCGCAGCUACGCCGACGUGAAGCGAUGGGGGAAAGAGCGUGCGCCGCCAGAUAUGGUUCCAUGGAAAACAGAGCAUAUCGUCGUGCACGGGCCCAGAGGAAUGUCCCAAAAGCUUCUCUUGCACUUCCGCGACACAGAGCUGCUUGUGAAGAAGCUAGUCCGCAUUUUUUCGCGGAGGAAGGGUUUCGUGUGGAAGCCACAGGAGAAGUACAACGAGAAGGGGAAGCGCGUUUUCGAGGGGCCAGAAACAGGCACGUGGAUGCACGAGGCGCAGAAAGAGAUCAAGGACGACAAGGCUCUGAUUCUCGGGGUCAUCGUGUACAGCGACAGCACUCAGGCGUCGCGCAACGGGCGGCGGAAUGCAUGGCCUGUUCUGAUAUCGCUUAUUAACAUUCCGGAGGAAUUGAGGUGGUUUGAGCUGGGCCACACUCUUGCGACAGUGUUGCCAUUCUGUCCGGAAUGGGCUAGUCCGACAGAGAAGGCCCGUGUUUUCCAGGAGGCGCUGAAGAUCAUCCUAGGACCCCUGAUGCGGGAAACCGCAAGUGCUCCUGUGAGGUACUUUUAUGUGACAGACGCCACCGGCAAUGUGGUCAAGGCGGUACCUUGCCUCUAUGGGUACCCUGGUGACUAUCCAGAGAACAGUAGGGCCUCAGCCACGCUGCAGACGGGCACUCAUCGCCCCUGCGCUAACUGCUAUGCAGAAUGCGUGCUGGCGCGGUGGAACUUUGGGAACACCACCUGGGGGAACGUCUACCUCGCAUGUUUGGCUGACAUUUUACACGUGCUGGACUCUGGUGUCUUCGUACACAUGAUGGAAGAAUACCUUUCCCCCCUGGGGAAAGUCGAGAUCCGCAUCCUGGAGAGGCGGAAAAAGGAGUUCAAAAGCGAUACUCCUAGUGUGCUGUUGCGGAUUCCUGGGAGAUCAUCAUUCUUCCUUUCUGGUGCCCACUAUGCGGCGUUCGAACAUCGUGCCAUGAUGCAAAUCAUGCCGAUCCUCAUUGCGGAUUCUAGUGCCUUGAAGAAGGGCGAGGCGGGAGAGUUGAGGGCGCUGCAAGUUAGAGCAUUCCGUUAUUACGCCCUGUUCUACAAGGCGUUUUUGGGAGUGGCGGCGCACACCCGUGCCACGCUGAAAGAGGCCAAGCAACGUGCUGUUGCGUUGAUGGAGCUGCUGCCCAAAGCUUUCCUGGACCAGGCGUCAAAGUGGGAAAUUCCCAAGAUCCACAUGAUCAAGCAUCUUCUCGAGAACGUGGAAGCAAGGGGGAUGCCACACCACUACAGCACGGAGAUGUGGGAGCGCACUCACAAGGGGACAGUGAAGGGUCCCGUGAGGGGGAGCAACUGGGCUGACAUUCCGAGGAGAAUUGUGGAUGAGGAGAUGCAGCGGGAGAUUUACAGAGAAGUGGCGACCGAUGCGGGAGGAGGUCGGCAGUACGUGUCACCGCUGCGUAUGGCCGUGGAAGAGAUGGAGCCAGUGCUAACGAAGAAGUUCAGGGUCAUGCGCCUCGGAGGCACCGCGGACAAGGUGUUUGCCGAGUACGCAGCGGUAUUUGGGGAUCAGAUGGCGGGCCUACCAGGUCAGCUGCGGGAGAUGCAGUUGAACCCUGGCAGUGUGCAGACACACACAGCAGUGGCCAUACCACGUACGCAGGGUGGGGUGCUUGUGGCGAAGGGGACGUUCGUCAAGGCGUCCCCGCGAGAGAACCUGUUCUCAGAUGUGGCACUCCUGGCUCCUGAAGGCGGGGAUUGGUUUGCUAGAUGCCUAUGUAUUUUCAAGGCGUUGAACGCGGAGGGCAAGUGGACUGGGUGUGCCUACGUGAGGUACUACGAAGCAGCAGGCCAGUGUCCCAUCACAACGUGCACCCAGUUGCAUCCAGCUCGAGAGAGUGUCCGGUUCGCAGUGGUGUUGCUGAAGAGCCUGCAGAGGGUUGUCCACGUAUGCCCAUCGUACAGCAACCCUCGUCUGCUGCUGGUUAACAAGUUUCUACUCUGCGAGUAA